UCUCUUCCCAAUCCUGGAGAGGUCUUAUGAACGGCGACGCCAAGAGCUUAUCCGCUUCGAACCCAGCGAGCGGCGUUGGUGGUGGAGAAGAAGAAGCCGAAGCGGCGGCCGAUUCGAGCCCUCCCCGGGUCCUCUUCUUUGUCCCUCUUUUUCUCCCCUUUUUUUUCAUCUAUUUUUCUCUAUUUUGAUCGAUUUUUUUCUCUCCAAAGUUCGUUCGGAUCGUUUCCUUCUUUCGUCCGUGGGUGGAUGUUAGGGUUUUCUUUUUCUUUUUAUUCGGGUUAUCUGGGUCUGUUUUAGUUCAAGUUUUAUUGGGGGUGGACGAUCGUUUGGAUUGAUUGUUUUUUCUUCUCUUGCUUGGGUUAUUGGGGUUGCUUGAGGAAAAAAGAUUGGAUUUUCCCUCGCGAUGGAUUGAUUUCUUUUCCCUUUUUUAUUUAAUUGCUGCGGUUGGUGGUUUUUUUUUUGGGGUUAAUUUGAGGAUGGUUUAGGUUUUCUAGGAAUGGGGGAGGCGGAAAGGAAUCGUUGUGGAGAUCGGGAGUUCGGAGGGGAGUCCGUGUGCGGAUUGCCGCCGGCUGUUGGAGGAGCUGGGGAGGUUCUUGGGAGCCCUCAGGACGAUUGUGGUUGCUUGUUGUUGAAUGGGAGUGAAGGAGAGGAAUGUGAGCCCCGGCCAGCCCCAGAGAAGGUUGGUGAGCCGUUGAAUGGCCGUAGUGGUACUGGUGAUCAGGCAUUGGAUGGGUUUCAUGAUGCUGGUCAUGUGGGUCUGGAGAAUGGUUAUCGGGCGGCUGGUCCGACAGAUGUCUGGGAUGUAAAAGAGGGAGCUUGCUUUCCUACUUGCAAUGGUAAUGUGGCUUCUGUUGAUAUUGAGAAUGGUUCAAGGGUGUCGGUUGAGGAGGAGGAGGUGGAAGAUGGUUGUGGGCAUUUCAUGGAGGCUGCGGAAGAAAGUGGGUUUGCCGUUUUAAAAGAAGAACCUCUGGUGGGGACUCCAAACAUGGUUAAUAAGGAACAUUGCAGUGCUGGUCAUGCGGGUCUUGAGCAUGAUCUCCAAAUGAGCAAUAAUUUGGAAGUUAGGGAACUGGAGGGGAGAGCUUCCUCUCCUCCUUUUGAGAGCUGUGUUGUUAUGAUGGACAGCAACCAUAGCUUGGGAGUCUCAGCUAAGGAGGUAAAUGAGGCGAGAGAAGGUUGCGGGGGGUUUGUGGAGACUAAGGAAGAGAGCAGGCACCUUGUCUUAGACAAGGGGCCAUCCCAGGGGACUUCCAAGAUGGUUAAUAGGGAAAAGUUGAGCACUCAUCAUAUAUUUGUUGAAAUUGGUAACCUUUUGCAAAGUGAUGCAAAUAUUACAGAAUGGGUGGAGCGAGUCUGCUCUGCUACUUCUGAUGGCCAUGAUGCUUCUGUCAAUAUUGGGAAUUGCUCUGAGAUAUUAUUUAAGGAGAGCAAGGAGGUGAAUGAAGGUUGUGGGAGGUUAGGAGCUGAGGAAGAGAGGAGGCAUAUUACUGCAGAACACGGACAAUCAGUCCAGACUCCGAAGAUGGUUAAUGGAGGAGAGAAUGAUGACUUUCCAGGUCUGUCACCACUAAGAACAUUGGAAGGAGAUGGCUCUCGGAAUUCUUCUGGACUUGCGAUUGGAUUAGAAGGCAGAUACAUUGCUGGAUUAUUUGAUGACAUUAAAGACUGCAGCAGAUGUGAUGAUGCCCUUCUUGUUUCUUCAGAACUGGCAGCAGAUUUCUCCUUGAUAAAAACAAGUGAGGACACCACUAAACAUGUAGGUAGGUUUUGCUGUCCUCCUCUUUCUAAGUAUUGCUUGGAUACAUCAACAAACUGCAAUUUCAUGCUUUGCUCAAAUGAUGGAACUGGAGAGGAGAAUCACUUGUUAAGCACACAAUCUGGUUAUUGUCCGAGCAUGGAGUUUAAAGGAGCACAGAAGGAGCAGCGUGAAUCUGAAUCUGAAUCUUGCAGUCCUUCAGAUGGAAUUGGUAUUCCCCAGAGAGGCAUUUGCCAGAACUUAAUGCAGGGUUCACCUGAGGAAGUGGGUUCUUGCUCUGUUGUGGAAGGAUCAUCCUCUCAGCAAUCAUAUCAUCCAUUUACUGCUGCAGAAAAUUGCCCUUCUGAUUGCUCGUUGGGGCCAGAAUUCAUAGGGAAUGAUUCUGAUGCUUGCAACAUAACAUCAAGUUGCUGUAAUAAUGGAAAAGAUCGUUGUGGACAGGAGAGUGACGGUGGAAUGGUCAAUCCAAAACCUGUUCCUUUAAUUGUCUUCAGGCGUACAAACCCUAAACGUGCUGCUUCCUUGAGGAAUAACCUGAAUGAAGAGAGGUUGGAUCCAUUAAGUAGAAAUAGACAGAAUGCAAGGAAAUGCAGGAAAGCAAUUAACACUAGCGCAUCAAUUUCAAGCAGCAGUUUUAAGAUCUUAAACAAAGUAACAAGGAAACGAAGCUGCUUCGACAGACCGGUGCGACAUUCUGCCUGGGGGGAGGCUGAAAACAUUUUAAGGAUAUUCAAGCAAAAUGGCAAGCUCGAAAGAUCUGAUUCUGAUCGAACUCAGAUUCAGAACAAAAGGUCAAAGAAAGGGAGGCAUGGUGCAGGUAGAAAGCUACAAAAUACAACCCAGAAAGAUGGGACUUUUAGAUUGUCAAAAACUAAAUGUGCUGUUUCAACUAAUUUUAUGCAUACAGAGGAUCAUAUGUAUGUGCAUCCUAUGUUUCCUGCUCUGGUUGAUUCACAAGCUUCAGUAGAAACCAAUAACAAUGUUUGCCUGCCAUUAAAUUGCUGUACCAAUUCUGGCGUUUCCAGUAAAGUUGAUGUUGAAGACAAAUUGGCAGAAGAUAGGCAUGUGAUGGGAAUCAAGUCACUUCAACUAGAUGGACAGCAUGGAGACAAGGAUGUAGAAAGUACUUUGACUCAUGAAACAUCUGUUGAUAACAUGCUGGGUGAGUGCCCUGGGGUUUCAUCUCAAGUAGGGUCUGAAAACUUGAUGGAAGCCAUCAACAAGAGACACUCAUUAGAUCCAGGAUCAUCACCAGACUCUGAUGUUUAUAACCCUGUUGUGGAUAUUGGUGUUGUUGCUAGUGAGGCUGCCACGUCAACAAGCCCAGAUGGUGGAGUUUUUCCGAGCAUACCUGUUCCUGUACCUGUGGUUCAAGAUGACCUGCAUGCUCCUGCUUUGACCAACGUCAAAACUAUUCUGGAUCCUGUAUCUUCUCCAUCUUUGGAUAUGCAGCCAAAGACCAACACCAAGAAAGGAAAGAAAGGGAAGAAAGGUCUUGAAGCUGAUGUUACAACAUGCACCAUAUCAGAACAUCCGUUUAUUGAAGAAAAGUUGCUUGGUCUGGAAAACCUGAACAAUACUAGCACGCCUUUAAAGUUCAGUAGACAUAAAUGUAAAAAGCAAGGUGACCCUGAUGAGGGAACUCCUGUAUGUUCUAAGUCCAUCAAGAAAGCUACUAGAAAAGCUUCAAAAGAUAAGACCUUUGCUGUGGAUUCUGAGGUGGUUGGAAUGGUUGAACUUGAGAGAUGUGAAGAACCUAAGAAAAAGGAAGUGAGUUGCAGGAUGUGGCCAUUGCCUGGGUUUGAUGGUGGAGAUAGACAGUCAGAAGGUGGAACUUUAGGGGCCUCACUGCUGACUGAUAAAAUUAAAGGGCAUAAGGUUCCUAGACGUACCAAUUCCAGGGUGAGUAAGGGGAGUUCAGGUAAACCUGUUUCAGUGAGGUGCCAGAGGAAGGAUGCUUAUGGGAAGAAGAAGAAGAAGAAUAGUGCAAGGAAGUCAACCAAUAAGAGCAGAAGCAAGGAGAAAAGUCAAACACUUGAUUCUUGCUUAGAAGAAAGUGGGAGCAUGGGCUUGUCUUCAGGGGCAGCUAAUAAGUUUGCACUGAGUGUAUCAACUGAACUAAGCUGUAAUGAACGGGCAUCAAAUGAAGCUUGUGCAUUAGAGGGCCAGGCUUUACCACCACGUGUUGCAUGGGUGUGCUGUGAUGAUUGCCACAAGUGGCGCUGCAUAUCAGCUGCACUUGCAGAUAUCAUAGAUGAGACAAAUUGCAGAUGGACUUGUAAGGACAACACAGACAAGGCAUUUGCUGACUGCUCAAUACUGCAAGAGAAGACAAAUGCAGAAAUUAAUGCAGAAUUGGAGAUUUCAGAUGUUUCUUGUGAUGAAGAUUUUUCCAACAUACAACCUUGUUCUAAGGGAACUGGAAUUUCAAAAUUAAAAGCUUCACAACAAGCCUCUUGGAUGCUUAUCAAGUCUAACUUGUUUCUGCAUCGUAAACGUAAAACUCAGACCAUUGAUGAGAUCAUGGUUUGUCAGUGCAAACCUCCUUCAGAUGGCAAUUUGGGUUGUGGAGGUGCAUGUUUAAAUCGGAUGCUUAACAUAGAGUGUGUCAAAGGAACAUGCCCAUGUGGGGAUCUUUGUUCAAAUCAGCAGUUCCAGCAACGCAAAUAUGCCCAAUUCAAGUGGUUUCGUUGUGGAAAGAAAGGCUAUGGCUUACAGCUGCUUGAAGAUGUAUCUCAAGGGCAAUUUCUUAUUGAAUAUGUUGGGGAGGUGCUUGAUUUAGCUUCAUAUGAAGCUCGACAAAGAUGCUAUGCUUCCAGAGGUCAGAAGCAUUUCUACUUCAUGACAUUGAAUGGUGGUGAGGUAAUAGAUGCGUGUGCUAAAGGAAACUUGGGCCGCUUCAUUAAUCACAGCUGCAAUCCUAAUUGUCGCACUGAAAAGUGGAUGGUAAAUGGAGAAGUUUGUAUUGGGCUGUUUGCAAUAAGAGAUAUUAAGAAGGGUGAAGAGGUAACAUUUGAUUACAACUAUGUAAGAGUAUUUGGCGCUGCUGCUAAGAAAUGUGUAUGUGGUGCUCCUGAAUGCCGUGGCUAUAUUGGCGGCGAUCCAUUGAAUACUGAGGUUAUUGUCCAAGAUGAUUCAGAUGAUGAAUAUCCUGAACCUGUGAUGAUCCAAGAAGAUAGUGAAAGAGAGCUAGAUGUGGAUGAGACUGUUUCUGAUGCUAUGGAUGCUAACACUUUGAAACAUAAAGAGAUUUCUAUGGAAAAUAAAGAUUUGCUAAUUCAAUGUGCUCCCACAGACUCAGAAGAUUAUCAACAAGCCAAAGAAUCCAUAUUCAGGCCCUUAUUAUCUGAUGUUAAUUCAUUGGAUGCUUCUUGUCAAACUCUAUGUCCUAUUCAAACUGAAGAAACCAUGUCCAGAUCUGUAUCUGAUGUUCAGUCAUUAGAAAACCCUACAAAGAGUCUGGAUAAUAGAGAAACUGAAGCGACCAUGUGCAGACUUGUGUCAGAUGUGCAACCUUCAAUGCUUUCUUUUCAAACUUCAAUUACUAUGAAAGAAUCAGUGUUUGAUUCCAUCCUGAGAAGCAAGACUUCCCUGUCCAAGGUUGUUGGUGAUAAGCAAAAUAUGUCAAAAACUUAUACUGCAAAAUCAUCUCGUUCAAAUGUUACAAUAAAGAAGAGCAGCUCAAAUGCAAAAAGCCUGGUGGCCCACAAGGUCAAAAAAUUGCCAACGAGUGCUAGUAGCGGACAUUUUGAUGGAGUUGAAGAAAAACUUAAUGAGUUACUAGAUGAGGAUGGAGGCAUUAGCAAGAGGAAGGAUGCCACUAAAGGCUAUUUGAAGCUUCUCUUUGUCACUGCAGCAGGAGGGGAUAUUGUUGGAGGCUGUGCAUCUCAAAGCAUACGGGAUCUUUCCUUGAUACUUGAUGCUCUUUUAAAAACAAAAUCACGGACAGUUUUAGUGGAUAUAAUCAACAAAAAUGGAUUGCAGAUGCUGCACAAUAUAAUGAAGCAAAACCGCAGUAAAUUCAACAGAAUUCCUAUAAUCCGGAAGCUUCUCAAGGUGUUAGAAUUUCUUGCAUUAAAAGAGAUCCUUACCCCAGAGCACAUGAAUCAAGGUCCUCCAUGCGCUGGAAUGGAAAGCUUUAGGGAGUCAAUAUUUACCUUGACCAGACACAAUGAUAUGCAGGUUCAUCAAAUUGCUCGCAACUUUAGAGAUAAAUGGAUUCCUCGUACUAUUAGAAGAAUUGAGCCAUCAGAUAGGGAAGAUGGCCAACUAGAUUCACUGCAUUCCUACUGCAGUCGGUUUGAGUCAUCCAUGUACAGGCGUCGGCGUGAUCACACAGCAAGACAAACUGAUGCCAUUGUCUGUGUUAGUGAAGCAGUCCAGCAGCCAAUAUCUCCAUGUUUACCUGAUAUCCCUGGAGAAACAUCUUCACAUCCUGAGCAACUGGUCUCCAGCUCUGCACCCUUGAUGGAUAACAUUAUGGCAAGCAGGACAAGAACACGCAAACGUAAGAGCAGGUGGGAUCAGCCAUCAGAUAUGACAGACCCAGAUCCAAGAACCUUCUGGUCAGUUGAAGAUAAAAUUGUCGAAGCAGGCUCAAAGUUUACAAGAGCUACUGGUUCACGAUCAGAUCCUGGUUCCCAACUUGAGGACUUAAAGAAGGAUUUUGGGACCCAGAGAAUGGAGAACAGUUCUUUUGAUGAAGUUGCAAGUGUGGAGAAUGUAAUGCAGCAGAAUAUUGAUGAUGAAGCACCACCUGGAUUUGGGUCUCCUCAGAAGGAUCGCCAUCCUCAGGUUUCUUCUGAAACUACAGUGGCUACAGAUGAAGUGGUAAUAGGGUGCAUACAGGAGAGAUUCCUCUCAGAAAUAAGUGUGUCAUAUGGCAUUCCUUUGGCCCUUGUGCAGCAGUUAGGAUCCACUGAAGCUGGAGGAAACCAGAUUCACCCACACUGGUUGAUUGCACCCAGCAUGCCUUUCCAUCCUUUUCCACCUCUUCCACCAUAUCCACGGCAAACAUCCAGUCCUGUAAGUCCAGCGCAGACAUCUUCUAACCACAAUAUGACUCAGGCUGCCAAAGAUAUACAGCUAACUAAGCGACGACUUGAAGAGUCUCAGACGACAGAUCUGGUUCUUCCAAGUGCAUCAGGACAAAGGCCAGCAGAUUUAGUUGAAUCAAGGCCCAGGAACUCCCACAUCAUUGGAAGAGUGGGGUGGCCUUCUAAUAGCUCUGGAAGGAGGUUUUUCCGACCACAGAGGUGGAACAACCCAAGGUUUCAGAGAUGUUGCCUUCCCUGGCCACGGGAAGGUGGUUGUCAUGGCCACCUUAGUAGCGUAAGAAAAAGGGAUUCUGGUGUUGGUGCUGAAAAUCCAAGGGAUGGUAGUGGUUUAUGUUCCUCAGAGUGUAAGCACUGAUGACGUUAGCUCCAGUUGUCAUCAACCACCACAUUAUUAUUGAUUGUGGUCAUUUGAUUGAUUGAAAAAGGAGUGAGGUAGCAAAUAGGUGUUUCUUGAUGUAUUUGUAAUUCUUUUCCAUGCUAAUAUCUGUCAGAUGCAAUUUCUGUUUGUCCCUGGUGCAAACUAGUACACUCUCUGAGGGCAGUUGAUUUAUUUUGAAGGUUAUACAUCUAAUUAUAUCUGUCAAACAAAGUCUUAUUUUAUCUGUUCCUUCC